AUGGAUUCUAUGCCACAAGAGAAUAAGCUGCCUACUUUAACUAAGGAUGCUGAACAUGCGGCCAAGCAUCAUCUUACUCCUAUGUCACCACCUGUUGAAGAAUCGAGUGGCGCCGACGAGGCGAGUCUAGCAUCUCAACCGUUGCCUCCUAGUAAAGAUCCGUGGUACAAGGCACCGGCCGGUUUUGAAACUAAAGAGCCCGGUACUAUCCUCAGGAUACGUCCUGCACCAGGUAUUCUUGCCUUUAUUGGUAACAGCUCGACUUCGUAUAAUAUACUCUACCGCACCACCGAUUCACGCUACCGGCCCUCUUGGGCUGUUACUACGUUACUCAUUCCUAAAUCCUUCUAUGUCUCUCCUUCGGGAAAGACGGCUAUGCUGUCUUACCAAUUCGCCUAUAACACGGCCAAUCUUGACUCUAGCCCGUCGUAUACCUUGAAUCGGGAGCAAUUGCAGUCUAAUAUUGAUCUCGGCAUUCAUGUACUGGCUGGACACGCUACACUUGACUCAAUUCGCGCGGUUCUCAACUUGGCGCGCUUGACUGGUGAUGCCAACAUCACUACCACCAUGUGGGGUUACAGCGGCGGCAGUAUCGCCACCGAGGCCGCCGCCGAACUGCAGGUUCAAUACGCCCCUGAGCUCGACAUCUCCGGGGUCGUGGUAGGAGGCCUAGUAGACCAUCUCUCAGAUAACAUGGACAUGUUAAACAAGAGCCCCAUCGCCGUUUCCCUAGUAGCCGCCCUCCUCGGGACGACGUCGCAAUACCCCGAAGCCGCGGCGUACGUCCGCAGCCGGCUCCGUCCAGAGACCGCAGACGAGUUCCUCAGCGCUAAGGACAUGGAUUUUAGCGCUUCCCUACGAGCUUUUGCGAUGAGGGACAUCUAUAGCUAUUUCGUAGGCGGGGCGGCGGAUCUGAAAGAUCCGGUGCUGCGCAAGGUGUUCGAUGUGGAAGGGAGACGCGGGUUCCAUGGGGUGCCUGCUAUGCCUAUGUUCGUAUACAAGGCUAUCGGGGAUGAGUUUUGCCCGAUAAAUCUGACGGAUCAACUGGUGGAGAGGUUCUGUGGUAGGGGGGCGGAUAUCGCGUAUGAGAGGAAUAGCGUCGGAGGACAUGUGUCUGAGAUCGCGAAUGGGAAAGGCAGGGCGGUAAAGUGGCUUUGGAGUAUUUUUGACGAAUCUUACGUCCCGGCUGCGGAAGGGGGUGUAAUCCGAGAUGUUGCGGUAAAUACAUAUUCCUCAGAUAAUACGUAAG